AUGUCUCAAAAUAAAAUGUUAGAUUCAAGAUCUAUUGAAUACAAAUUCGAAGAAUAUGAUGAAUACUCCAAAUAUCUUUUUUUCAUUAAUAACGAUGAAAUCAUGAGUCUUGACGAUUUCAGAUAUGAGGAUGAAUAUAAUAAUAAAGUACCACAGAUUAAAGCAUCUUUCCCAAACGGAAAACAAGCAUUUUUGAUUAAUGAAACAUAUACAUACAAUAUUUAUUAUAAGGAAAAAUUAUUCAUGAAAAUAGAACCAGACGAAUAUAGUUUUGGUCAUUCUGGUAUGAAUGAUAAUAGAGGAAAAUGUGAUUUCAUUAUCUUACUCUUUAAAGGAGAGGAGAUGAAAGAAAUUCCAAAUGAUUUUAGAUGUGAAUUUAAUGGAAAACCUGUUAAAAAGGUCAAAUACUAUGAUAAAGAAUGUUUUGAUAUUAGUAAUGUUGGAGAAUAUAAUAUUUAUAGAAAUGAUAAAUUGUAUGAUAGAAUCACCACUAGUCUCGUAUGGACUUAUAGUUUUGAUAUCGAUGUAAAAGAUGUAAAUUCUACUAUUACUCGUUAUUGA